CCCUGAAUUUCUCUUGUUCAAAUGCAUUUGCAAUGCGAUAUCAUUAUGCGAUUACGAGCGUGUUUUUCAUCUGUUGCCAGUUCUAGUUCAUUGUUUCACUUGAUAUUUACAAGUUUCGCAUGCAUUCUGUUCUCACACCUUUUUUUUAAGAAAAAAAUAGUGUUCUCAUACUUGAUUACAAGUUUCGCGUGCAUUCUGUUCUCAUAUUUGAUCUCCGGAACACGAACAUUUUUGUGUUCAUCUAGCACACAAUGAUAUUUCUUCAUCUUUAAGUCGAAGCGAAGAUCGUGUAGGCUCUUGAGUGUUCAUCUGUGUAGUUGGUUGGUUCUUGACCUUUUUUGUAUUGGUGCUGAGAUGUGAAACUUUCCCCCCUUCUUUUUGAUCAGGCAACAUGUCGUGUCAUGAUUUGGUUGGCCGUUACCCUCCUACAACGUGCCAUCUAGACUAAUUAGAUCUGAUGACCCCACUCAUACCUGAAAUGAUUUUUUUCCCGGGUGAUAGCGAAUGAAUGAAAAACAAAAUUUCAAACUCCAUGCUUUCAAGUAGAUCGGCAACUUGCUUCAAACUGCAUGCUUCCAAGUAGAUCGGCAACGGGGCUUGUAUCAACGAGGAAGAGGAAGUAAGCAAACGCUGCAUAAUGGUGUCCAAAGCUGCAAUUUUUGCCACGGCCGUACUGGCCGUCCACCUCGCCGCCCCGGCGUCGGCUCAGACGAGCAGCCCCCCCGCGCCGGCGCCCAUGUCACUCGCGCCGACCCCAGCGCCGGCGCCGGCGCCGCACUACGUGGACCUCGCCGAGCUCCUCAGCGUGGCCGGCCCGUUCCACACGUUCCUCAACUACCUGGAGAAGACCAACGUGAUCGAGACCCUGCAAAGCCAGGCCAACAACACCAAGGUGGGCAUCACCAUCUUCGUCCCCAAGGACUCGGCGUUCGCGGCGCUCAAGAAGUCCACCUUCUCCAACCUCACCUCCGACCAGCUCAAGACGCUGCUCCUGUACCACGCGUUCCCCAAGUUCUACUCCCUGGCCGAGUUCAAGAACCUGAGCUCGCUCAACCCGGUGAACACCUUCGCGGGGUCGCCGUACACGCUCAACCUCACCGACGACAUGGGCAGCAUCUACGUGCAGUCCAUGUGGUCCAGGCCCAAGAUCGCCAGCAGCGUGUACGCCACCAAACCCGUCGCGAUCUACGCGCUCAACAAGGUGCUCCUGCCCAUGCAGCUCUUCAGCAAGGACCCGCCGCUCGCGCCGGCGCCGGCGCCCGCGCCGGAGUCCGGGGCGUCCGACGCCCCCAGCCCGGCGGACGGCAAAGCAGGCGGACUGACCGGCGGCAAGGGUGACUCGACGAGCGGCGCGUACAACGUCGGCGCCGUCAGCGUUGCCAAUUCCUUGCUGCUAGCCGCGGCAGGAUGCUUGAUGCUCCUGUGGUGAGACUUGAGGGUUCUUGCCAUUCUCUGAGCAGAGUGUCCAUGCUUCGCCACACUUGAUUUCGUUUUGAAUUGGUUCAUGGAGUCAUUCUUUUGGACAUAUGGUAGAUGACGUUAGGAUCGAACUGGAGUAUUUUACGUCACAUUACUCUCAUAAUUUCUAUCAUUUUUUGAUGGAUGAAUGAUUGAAUGAAUACAAAAAAAAAGUUUUCACUGCUA